GAAGGAGGAGGUGGUGGGGAGAGAGACAGGACCAGUUUCCCAAGCUGAACAAGAGAGCGUCCAUAGUUUCAGGUAGAAGUAACAGGUUACAGAUUAACGUUAAAGAUGCCUGGUACAGCGAGGCAUGACCGAGACAUGGCAGACCAGGCCAAAAGAAAUCUGGCCAAAACCACAGACCCAAUUGAGAGGCUUCGGCUGCAGUGUCUAGCAAGAGGGUCUGCAGGCAUCAAAGGACUUGGCAGAGUAUUUCGGAUUAUGGAUGACAACCAAAACAGAACCCUUGAUUUCAAAGAAUUCUUGAAAGGGUUAAAUGAUUAUGCCGUAAUGAUAGACAAGGAAGAAGCUCAAGAGCUUUUCAGGAUCUUUGAUAAAGAUGGCAACGGAACAAUAGACUUUGAUGAAUUUCUUGUAACGUUAAGACCUCCAAUGUCUAAUGCCAGAAAAGAGGUCAUCAUGCAAGCGUUUAGGAAGUUUGACAAAACCGGUGAUGGUAUUGUAACCAUUGAAGACUUACGGGGGGUGUAUAAUGCAAAGCAUCAUCCCAAAUAUCAGAAUGGAGAAUGGACAGAAGAUCAAGUUUUUAGAUCCUUUCUAGAUAACUUUGAUUCACCAUAUGAGAAAGAUGGGAAGGUUACAACAGAAGAAUUCAUGAACUACUAUGCAGGAGUCAGCGCUUCAAUAGACACUGAUGUCUAUUUCAUUAUCAUGAUGAGAAAUGCUUGGAAAUUCUAACUGUACGAUUAAGGAAACAAGACUUUAUUUCCAUCUUCUUAGCUCCACAUGAUUAAAUAUGUGCACAAUAAUAUGGUCACGUUUCCCAUAAUAGUACCUUGUAGUCACUGUGCUGAUUUCAGUAUAUCAGAAGAGACAAUACUCACUCUACCACAUUGCUUUGGCAGGACCAUGCUGAGCUGAUGCACAUCAUAGGCUAAGAGAUUUGGCAGCCCUGCCAAUAAUCACGCCCCUUGCUUUUCCUACUGCUCCCCUUAUCUAUGUUGUUUCUUCUCUCAUGUUUCUCCUCAGACAUGUGUUAGGCUCCUUUUGUUCCCAAGUUUGUCCCCAAAUUCACGUUAGGCAGCUGUGCUUCAAAGAAGGUACCAUAGCACCAGAGCAGAGGAUUCUGGGAUGUAUAUACUCAGUGUAUAAAUGUGUAGGCAUUUUUGUAGCAUGUAUACUGUCCUAAAACUCCAUAGAUUUGUCUUCCUUCUUUUUCCUUCUAUUCCUUUGUUUCUUGACUUUCUUCCCAUUCUCUGGGACCACCUGUUUACUGUUUCUCUUAUCAAAGUCACCGGUGGGCAUAGAUGCUUUACAAUGUUCUCUUAACUGUGUAAUUGGAAUACCUACCAGUGCUCCAGUGUCUAUGCUGGACCUAAACUGAAAGACUAUACAUAUUACUAAGCUACUUCUCCUGGGAAUUUUUUAUGAACUAAAGAACUUUAGAAUCUUAAUUUUUCUUGGCUUUGCUGCUGAAAAAGACUGGACAUUAGUUAACUGGAAGAGAUAAUAGGACUCUUCUGCCAUGUCAGUGUCUGUGAGAGCUGAUGUCUGGUCAGCUACCUGUGAGAAGAGGGAUGGUAAGAGAAGGGGCCUGUCUGAAAGCCAUACUUCCGCUAGUUAUCCUCGCUUUGUUUCCUUUUCUCAUUUCUCUUGUCAGUUUGUCCCAGAGUAAAUUGUUGUCAUGUAAAUGGUUUACACGGAGCAGGAUUUACUCCAAUUAAUUUGUGAAAGUGUCAUAUACUUGUGUUUUCAAUCUCUCAAUCCUUAGUAAAAGACUCAAGGUUUUGACAACAAAUUGAGCCAUGUUCAGAGCCAAAAAAAAGUCCUAUAGGCCACAUUUUUAAAAGCGCUUAGCACCCAGAAGUGGCACUAGAUUUUCAAGAGCUCUGCUCUUAUUUACAUACCAAACUAAGUGGCCUGAUUUUCAAAAGUUCAGUGUAUGAUUUUUGAAAAUCUAACCUUAAAUGUUACAAUGGCAGUUAGUAGCUACUGAGCACUCUAAAAUCUGGCCUUGAGCUGUUUGGAAACCUGGCCUUAUGGGAUACACACUUGCUAUUUUUUUUAAAUAUGACCUGUCAUCACAAGAGUAGGUAUCUGGAAUUCCUCACCACAGGCUGUGCAAUCUCAGUGUUUUCCUUGAUCCGGUAAGGCUCUGCACACUUGCAUAUAUUAAUAACUAUGGAAGUUGGUGUGAAUGGAAAGGGAAAUUAUUUUGAUUAGAUAAUAUGUGUCAUCAAGGAAUGAGGGCUCUUUACAUAAUGUGAUGCUGUUGUGGACCAACAAAUAAAUUCAUGUACAUGAAGUGGAAAGGUGCAUGGUACAUGAAUAAUACAUGUGCCAUUUCACAUGCUGGCAGUUAUAUGUAGCCACUUUCUUAUUAAUUUAUUUAUUGGUUCUGUAACAGGUAUAUUAUCUACCUUGCACAUUUUAAAUAAAGAUGUAACAUUAGUGGGCUGAGAGAGUCACAAAGUGAAAAAUGAUCCCACUCUGGCAUAUGCCAUAUCUAAAGACUCCCAAAAUCCACAGUGAUCUGUUGUGCUGACAUUUAAUCAAGUGAAGUGAAAAGUUUUGUCUUACUAACCUUAACUCUUGACCAGUUUGUCUGUUUAAUACUAACCAUAUGAAAUUCUAACAUUUAUUCAAGGCCAAGUGCAAUAUGCCUUUUCAAACGCAAUUUUUUCUUUGUAAAUGGAUGAAAAGCUCUGACACUGCAAAAUGUAUUGUCCCUGAUCAUACACUAUUAAAGUCAGUGGGAACUUUGCCAUUGACUUCAGGGAGCAAAGGAUCAAAACCGUUGUGAUUAAUGAAAGAUCACUACUUUGAGAUUAGAUUUCCCUUUUUCUGCACCAACCCCGAGUAACGGAACUUUGUGCAGGGAAGUGAGUGAGGUGAACAGGGACAGAAUUGGUACAUCCCAUUCUGCAGACAGCAGGACUCUGUGGCCACUAUUGCAAUAGGCUGAAAACCAGCUGAUCUCCCUUUGGAUUCUCUGUACAUAAAUUCUGGGCCACUGGGAUUGGUCCUGCUUUCAGCAGGGAGUUGGACUAGAUGACCUCCUGAGGUCUCUUCCAACCCUGGUAUUCUAUGAUUCUAUGGUCCCUCCCCUGCCACACACUCUUUUCUGGAAGUCAUUAUACGUGAAUAAAGAACCCUGAAUACUUCCAUGGAACUGUUACUGAUUUUAAUCCCUCUGGCAAUGUUCCCAUUCACUUCAGUAGAAUCAGGCCCUCAGUCCGCUUUUUACAACAAAACUUGUAACUGCAAGAAAAGGUCCAUUGUAUGCAGGGUGGGGGAAAGAGCUGAGCUGAAAUAUUUUUUACCCUCUAGCAAAUAUAGUAGAAUUCAAUGGGGAUCUCUACUAUAACAAAUAUAGUUUUAAUUGCAGGUAUGCAAAAUCAUACAAACAAGCAUAGCACAUUGGCGGCUAAAUUGAAAAAGUUAUAUACAAAGGACCAGACACUGCCACCAUUGACCCAUGGGCAAAACUUGCAUUGACUUUAACAGAAGUUCAGUGCGUAGGUCAAAGGCAGGAUGGACCUAAGGGUUGAGUCAGGUCUCAGAUGCCGUUAUAGAUAAUGCUAUAUGCAUGGAGCCAGCAGCAGUCUCUAGCACUGUUGUAUGCUGUACUGUAAACAGGGAUAGCUGUAAAAUUCUAAAAUGUGAUUUCGCACUUUGUUCGAUGGGAUGAUUUCUCAUUUCUGAUCAUGACACUCAAGCUACACCGGGUGGUAUAAAUUGUGGGGAACAACUUAGUCUGAUGCAUGUAGCAUUUUCAAUCGAUAUAUGGAACGCCCACUGAUGUCAGUAGGAGUGACGCAUGUGGAUCAAGGGCAGCAUAAAAUCCUAAAUUGGAACACAAGCCACAGUUGAAAACCAUUGUAAACAAUGAGCUCUGUGGUCCCCUCCAGUCUGUGCAGGGGACAAAGGAGCAGGACUUCUGGCCACGUUACACUGAUUCAUAGAAGCAGCAGCUCCCCUCCCUCUGCCUGAGCCCAUAGGAGCCCGCUGGUGCAAACAAGGACCAUGUGUUUGAGCUCCCCUUGUGUGUGAAAGGUAGAGAUCCAGGGAGCAGCCGCUCCACAGAGCAUAUUCCCCAGGGACAAAUGGUUUUACAGGCAAAAAACACAGCAGGAGUUAAUGCUAGUGCAGGCAGAAUGAACUUUCAUUCUUCACCUUGUACCUCUGGCAGAGACGAGAAUGAUAAGGAAAUAGAGCAGUCGGGGUAGUGAGCUGAGCUGCUAAACAAGCCAUUCCACCUGCUGUGUGGGAGGAAUCGGAAAUUGCAUUGAGAAGCUAGUCAUCCACAUGGGAGCCCCAGCACAUGCAGGUUUGGAGUCAGAAUUCUCCCAUUGAUCCUUGGGUCUUAAUUGACUGACUUGUCAUAGGCCGUAACUCCUCAACAAUAUUGAAACUUCCACUUAGUUUUUCCUCUUUGUUAGUUUGGUUGGGGGGCGGGGGGCAUUGCAGGGUAGGGAUAAGGAGAGAGUGUGAAACAUUUGGGCUGAUAUGCUCAAAUCCUUGUUUAAUUCACAUUAACCGCAUGAAGCCUGCAGUUAAUAUGUAAAUCAUAAGCAUGCUCCUGGUUCAAGGUAAUUAACUUCUGAACAAUUGGGUAACUAAACAUAUUCCUGUAUGCAGACUGAGAAUCUGACUCUGUUUGGGCACCUUUGUGCUAGUCUCCUCACACAAAGCUGCUUUAAAACUGGCAGAUCAAACCGGUAGAGAGUUCCCCUGCCCAUGGAAAGCCUUAGCUGGUGUGGACCCAUCGUAGUGGCUCAAACUUCAUCCACUCCUUGCAUCCAGUUCAGGAGGUAAGGUUGGGAGAAAAAGGAUUUCCUAGCAGUCUGUGGCUGAUGCAAAGGCCCUGGUGGCUGAUAGCAGACAGUAGAGAGGUCACCAAAUAUUCCUGGACACAGUGGUUCAGUGAUAUAGCAUAGGGAGAUCCAUUACAAUUGGCCAGAAGUUUUCGGAGAUGAGAGAGUACAUGUGUCAGUUGCAGGUACCAGGGACGGCUCUAGGCAUUUUGCCGCCCCAAGCAUGGCAAGGCACGCCUGCGGGAGGUCCGCCGAAGCCGUGGGACCAGCAGGUACUGACGUAGGGCUCCAGGAUGUGAGGGAAUGGAUUGGACAGGAAUUGUGAUACCAGGCAGUGUGGUAGGAUUUGGGAAGGGAAGUGACCAAGCUAGUCACUCAGGUGAACCUACCCUGCAUUAUGGGUUAUAUGAUAAGGAGGCUUGUAAACUUGGUGUCUGUGAUAGGUUAUAUGAUAGGGAGCCCUGUAACCCCCUCCACUGGAACCAAUUAAAUGCCUGGUAUAGGAGAGUGUGGGUGAUGAGUGGGUAGUACCCCUGCCUUGUGUUAAAAGUUUAAUAAAAGCUGUGACCUGCCACUUGACUCCAUGCACGUGUCUGUCCUCAUUUUGUAGCUUCAAUACCUUUGGUAACUGAAAAACAAUUCUAUAGCAGUAAAUGGGCCCAGAGCCACAAAAGGAUGUAAGCAUCAUGAUGUUACGCAUCGCAGCACCUAACUAUUAGGUGUCUAGAAAAUUAGAGAAACAGCCCUACAAUCCACAAAGCCUGCAUUAGGCACCUAGGCUCCUAUACAGUGAAUGGAGAGAGAGAGGCAGCUAAAAAUGCAAUCCAGAAAGGCUGCAUGCUGGGGGGAGCAGCCUAAGCUUGCCAGUGGGAGAUCCUAACCAGAGGCAGGGCCGGAUGUACACCUUACACACCCCAAGGCACAGCAUCUUUAGCACCUGCCCCCUUCGUGUUGCACAGUUUUCGAGAGGUAAGGCAUCCGCAGAACGCCGGCGCCCCUAGGCACGUGCCUACUGUGCCUAAUUGGAAAUCCAGCCCUGACCAGAGGGUUGUGUGCUAAAUCCUGAAGUCCAGGCUGCAGGGAAGUGACUAUCUCUGCUUACUAUUGGUGAAUCAGGGGAAGAUAGGUGGCUAAAUGCAUGUAGGGCCUGAAAUAAAAUAGCAAAGGUGGGGGAGGGGGUCAGAGGUGGCUCUCCCUUAAAACCUUUAGCUUACUGGUUAGCUAUUCACCCAAGAUAUGGGAGACCCUGAGUUCAAGUCCCCCCAACAUGAGGGGGGAAAAGGGAUGUGAACAGGGAUCUGUCACCUCUCAGGUGAGUGCUCUAACUACUAGCUUAUAGUCAUUCUAACUCUUUCACUGGCCCAAUUAAUAUUUAAUUUUUCAAUGGCUUGACUAAAGUGGAACAACUUCAAUAGGAGAGAUUGAGAGAGCCCCACAUCAGAAUGUUCCAUAAGCGCCCCUGCCUCACUCGUUUUGUGUGCACUGACUUGAGGGAUUCGAUUCACUAGGCAGCCUCUGACCACACCUACCAGAUCAGGCCCCUGCAUGUGACUUAGGCUGCCAAAUGCCUGUCUUUCCCAGUUUGCGAAUUGCUCUGGGGCUUAAGCUGGAGAUAGGUGCACAGAUGCCUAGAUUGAGUCAGUGGCAUGCAUGCUCAGAAGCAAAAACCAUGUGUGUCUAGAGAAUGUUUACUGCAAAAACGUAGGUGCCAAAUGAGUUUAGGUGCAUACAGGGUUAGGCAGUGGUAGACUACAGUGGUGCCUAAACCUGUGACAGGCUCCAAUGUACCUCCAUGGAUCACACCCUUGAUGUAGAAGCUUAGGCAUUGUGGGCCAGAUUGUAAAGGUCUAUAGGUGCCUAAUUCACAUUGCUUUCAAUAGGAAUUAGCAGCAAAAUACCUUUAAAAAUCCAGCACUGUACAUUUUAUAUUGAACCUAGCCCUGAAUAAGGAGAAUCCUUUUCUAAAUGAACAGGGGCACAUCUUUGCUAUUGAUCCGCAUUCACAACUCCCAUUGACAUCAGUGGAAGUUCUGCCUGAGGAAUGGUGGCAGGAUCCCAUUAGUAUUCAAAAUGGGGGGGGGUUUGACUAAUUGAAAUAUUUAUGAAAAGUGUCUGCUUUCCACAGGAAAAAAAUGAUAUUUUUGUUACAAAACAAAAAAACACCAAAAAACAAAUAUUUUGGCUAAAAACCAAAAUAUUUUGGGUUUUGGCCAACAUUUUUCAGUAUAUGAAUUUGUGCUGAUUAUUUUUUUCAUUUUUGUCUAAAUUAUUUUUCGGGGAAAAAAAAUUUCAACCAGCUCUAGUUUUAUACUGUAAUUUCAGUUCUUAAGAUCUUUCUAAAAUAUAUUUUUUCUUAAUUGCUCCUUUUGAAAGGUACCAGGUUGCUGUUCUAUUCUUGUCAUUUCUUCUCCAGAUGCCUGCUGGUGGUGGCAUUACUACUGGAACACUUUACUCUAUUGUGAUGUCUGAGUAGUGAAUUUGAUUCCUAUCUUGCUGUGGUUAAUAACAUCUGAUAACUUUUCUCAUAUUCAUCAUUUCAGGACAAAGGAUCCUGCUCCAGUUCUCACUGUAGGAACUGGGAGUGUUUCAGACUCUCAAUUUUGAUGCCUAUGUGAUACCAGAGAUUUUUGCAGGCAAGCAAAUGUUGCCAGUAACAAUGAAUUUCAAUAUUGAAAUAGUUGACAAUUGGACAUAAUCAGACAUAGCUGAACGAUACUAAUCAAACGUUUAAAACAUUUUUGGAAUGUGUUAAACUUUCUGAUUUGGUCGAUAGCAGUGUAUGGUGGCAGUGUGGCAAAUAAUUAACUUUGGCUUUCUUGGUUUUAGGUGACAAAAGAUGAGUUUUUGAACUAUUACGCUGGAGUUAGUGCGUCUGUGGAUAGUGAUGCCUACUUCAAUCUAAUGAUGAUGAAAUCCUGGAAACUAUGAUUUUUGCUAUUACUACUUUUUGCAUCAGAGACGAUAAAGAAGUGCAAUGUUUUUCAGGAGUUCAGUGUGGGUUUGAUUUUUUUUCAGCUGAUUCCUUGGGCUAGAUUUUCAGAAACAUGCAAUGACAUUGCACCUGCAAAAUCAGCGGUUUCCCAAUUAACUCAACCCUUGUAUAUGCUUUAAUAUUUUCAGUGGAGGGCUCAUGACAGGCAAUUAAGAAGCAGGGCUUAAUGACAGUCAAAAGAACUGAGUGAGCUGGGAGCUGUGGUAAUCUACUGAAGUUUGCAAUUGCAUUUUCAGUGUAAUCCCUUGUCUGUUGUAGGGCCAUGCAUUAGAUUUGUAAUGCAGAUAUUCCUGAUGUAUAUAAAAGCACUAAUUUGUAA